AUGACUUCGUCAUCAGAAGAAGACAAGCAAACAGUUCAUACUGUUAGCGGUGGUGACGAUGAUGAUGUUUAUUGUGACGCAGUAUCGACAACAACAGUGAUUGAUACAAACCAGAAGGACAAAAUGAACACGUCGAACACUCCGCAUGAAGCGAAUCUUCAGUUAGAUAGUUCAAUGCAGACGAAUUUCAAAAUGCGCUUGUUUUUACUACGUUAUACAAAGUCGAAAGAAAACAUUCGGAUUGAAGGCCACUUCUCCGAAAAUGUAAAGCUUGAUUUUGCACAACGCGCCAUAAACAAGGAAAAGGGCAAUGAUAAGGUACAUAUUUUCAAUCUCGAGCUUGAUUUAGUAUACAACAAUGCUGGCGAAUUAUGUGUUCUAUAUAAAAACAAGUUGCAUCACAUAAUCGACUAUCGACUCAGGCUUUUCAGCCAUGAAGAUAUCGAAAUGAAACGAGUCUUACGCGAUCCUCGUCGCUGCUCCUGUGAAUUUCUAUUCGAUGUUCACUUUAAAAAGGGAUACACCCCAUACCACCUACCAGGAUCAGAAGUACCUUUCUGGAGUCAACUUUGCUUAUUGACAUGUUUCUUUCUGCAACAGUCGACAUACGACAUAUUCAAUGAAUUCAUGGAGCAGUUUAGAGUGGCCAUUGUCGGCCGUUCCUUCGAUAAAGACUUUUGCACCGGUUUCAUCAGUGAAUGUAACAGCUAUAUUGUAUAUAGUUUGAAGAACACUACAAAUAAAGCUAUUGGAAUCAAACAAGUCGUUCUUAUGAUCGGAGUUUUGCCAAUUGACAAGCAAAAUUAUGAGGCAUUUGAUCACUCCACAGAGUGCUUCACAACUUUUAUCAUGAGUGAACUUAAAAAGUCCCUUAAAGAUGUAAUCAGUUAUUUGACAGAAAACGAACGGAAUUCAUUUAAUAAUGGUAUAAGUAUUCUAAUAUGCAUUCAAUUACUCAAUAGGAUAAAUAAAACACCAAGCAAAAAUCCACUUGAGUUGCUCCUGGAUGCAUCAAUCCAGACAGCACGCCUUUAUAUUGUUAAAAAGAUCAUCGACUUUUUCGAAAAUAUCGGAUUAGAGGAACAAAUGCCUGAAUCAAUGUGGCUUCAACUAUUAGCACUGGACAGUUGUGAUGCGUUAAUAGAUCGUAUUCCUUUAAAACCAAUGUUGUUUGAAGCAUAUUUGAAGUAUAUCAAAGAAGUUAUUCCUGCAUUAUCACACUCCGUUAAUUUCAUCAGCAGGCUUAGUACACAUUUUGAUAAUACUGCUGUGCAAGGUCGAUUUCUCAUUGAUCUCAAAAGUAUAACACAUCUUUUGAAAUUUCUUCGACACACGUCAUCAGAUGAUACCAAUCCAGAUCUCAGAAUGAUUCAUUCAUUUAUCGAUGCAAGUGUUCCACUACGAGAAAAAAUUAAGGAAUACAUGUCGACACUCAAAAUCACUAUUGACGAUUUUGAUUCGAUUCGUGAGAUAUUUAUUUUGUCCGAGAAAUCGAAUAUUCUAUUUCAUGUUAAAAGAAAAGAAUUUCUGUGUAAAAUUCUUACAAACGGCAAUCAUUCUAAUUCCGUUGAGUUCUAUAAACGGUGGUUUUCAGCUUUUAUGGCACCGAAUGACAAGAAGCAAUUGAUAUUCAAUGCUGACGAGUUCAAAGAACUUCUCAAAGCUUGGACCACAUGUUUUACACACAAAUCUUAUUUAAUGAUCGAAAUUAUUAAAGAAAUCGAUAAGUUGAUCUCAAUCACUGAUGGACAUUCAUACGCUGAGCACUUUAUUAAGCAUAUGGCCGAGUUCUGCUUUGAACAAAAACUAAUAAUAGAAGAGAUGGAAAAGAGUGUGUUACUGGUUCAAAGUCCAAAAUUUCUCAAUGCGUUCAAAUUGAAAUAUAAAACAAACGUUUUAAAUGCGUAUAAAGACAGUUUCAAAGAAUUGGAAAAUCCAGCAAAUCCUUUACAUAUAUUAAAACGCUUUGAUGACAAAACCAAAUAUCAAAAUGGAAUUCUACGCGAAUUAAUUGAAAUGGCAUGUGAAGAUAUUCAAAUUGAGGAUGAUGAAAUCCUACAAGAUGUAUUUUAUAAACCCGAUAGUCAAUCAUUUACUUACUCAGCUAUUUUUCUGCCCUCUUUUAAAACUACUCGCAUACGUCAGUAUAUUGUUGAUAGAUUACUCGUUCUAUCCACAAGUUGGGAAGAAAAAGGAAUGCAAUUGAAUGACCUUUCAACAUGGAAUAAUUAUACAGAGCAGCAGCGUGCAGUUGCUCUCGAAGUUUGGGCGCAUAUUGGUGAAGUAUCAUCUAAAAAAUUUGAGAUGAACACAUUAAUCAAUAAAGAAAAUGAUAAUCUGAAAAAAAAACUGCAAAUCACAGAGAUGAUCUCAUCAUGUAUCGAUAUUUAUUGCUCAAAUGCAACAGAUAAACAACAUUACAAAGAUCUUUUGAAAAAUAUCGAUAAUUCAUUCGUCAACCAAACUAUUCGAUCUAUUGCAAUAUCAGAAGAAAUGGAAAAAAUUGUACCAAUUGCUCAACGCCUCGAUCCUUAUUCCAAAUCAAACGUCUGGCAUUUAUUUCGUCAGGAAACAAUGACAUCAGUGCCACUAACAAAAGAUACGAAUGCACAAGAAGCAUCGGACUCUAUGACUUGCUCUGGUUUGUUGUUACAGGCCGAGAAAAUAUUUGAUCUUUUCACAACUCGAUUGAAAGACAUUUGUAGCAAUUGGAAAACAUUACUUAUUUCUAAUUGGAUUCAUUCAUUCCCCGACAUACAUUAUAUCGAUUAUGAUUUUGAUAUUCUCAAACCACUACUUGACGCCGCAGUUGUUCCGAUUUUAAAACAAAUUCUCGGCUUUUGGAAAGAUCGAGAGAAUUUCAUUUGUAUUUGUCAAGGUAUUAUUAACCUUUUGACAUAUCUUCAAGUAUUACUAGAUGAUGAAACACGUCUGUUAUUCAACAGUAUUGAACAACUUAAUGAGAACAAAACAGGCGAUGAGAUUUACAAAGUAUAUGAAUAUUUUUCUAAAAAUUAUUUGAGGAAAUAUCCACGUCAAGUACUCAAUCUGAUCAGUCAAUACAAAAUAUCAGAUGAACUAAUUACAUUUCUUCACAAAUUACCUGUAACUGACGUUGACAAUUUACUUGAAGCAGUCAAUGAUUGGGAUGAAACAUUGAUUAGUACAAAGAUCAUACUUGAUCUUGUACUAAUAAAGAACUUUCUUGAUCAAAUCUAUGCAAAUAUCAAAUCAGGACACAAAAACCAAUCGUUACAAAAUGAAAUUCAUCGAAUAAUCUUGUGUUUUGAAGAGAAACAGAAAGAUGAAAAAAGUCCAAAUAUAAUUCAAUGUUUCGAAUCAUGUUCGAAGUCAUUAACCAGUAUAAAACGUGUUCAUAUGGAUUUAACAAAUAAGGAACAAUCAAAACGACGAUAUAUAUUCGACAUCGUACAAAAUGCUUCGUUCAAUUUUGAUCAAACACCGGUAAAUCUACAUGGACGGAUUGAAUAUCGAUUUGAUGUUUUCUGCAAACAACAAACAAUGCGUUAUGCCGAUUUGAGUGAACUCUGCGACCGCGCUCGUCUUAUUCAAUAUUCUACGAAUAGUACGAAUAAAAUAAGAAAAGAUUCAGAACAAGAAAUUCGUGAUCUUCAAUCGUUUAUCAAUAUGGUUUCCGUUAUCGAGACAGUCUUGACACAUUUAACAUCAUUGAAUAUGACCGGUCAUCCAUUUGUGCUCAAAUAUCUUUCUGCUAAAAGUGAAUUUACUUGUAUUGCUGGCAACUAUCAGAAUUUAUCGGAUUUCAAUUCAUCACUUGAAACAUUGCUUACCGAUUGGGAAAACAAUUUAUGUGAGAUGUACAAAGAAUAUAUCGAUUUGACUUAUUUUGUUAAUCAACAAUUUUGGACCGUUGAAGACUAUUUGUAUCGAAAAUCUGCUUCAGAUGAUCAUCUCGGUUUUCAUUUAUUGAAUUUUAUCGGUAUUGAUCCAAAACAAAUUGAAAGAAAAUUUUUGACAGAAAGAAGUGAACAACCACAUGAACGUUUGAAAAAUAUUGCUCGAAUACUCGAGGCUCAAAGGACAAAGUAUAAAACAAACGUGAAAGUUGAAAAUUCAUCAUUUAACAAGGUUUUAGUCAUUCAAACAUCCUAUGAAGGUAUUUUAUGUGGUAUACUUUCUCUAUUUGAGUUAACCAAAGUGCACCCACAGGUUCAUAAUAUAUUCUAUUGUUCAAAUACAACAAAUUGGAUUGAAAUGCGCGCAUUCGCCUAUCGUUGUUUAUAUUCCCAAGGAAUUUUACACCAGUUAAUUCGACCUGAACUCUUACCAGCAUUGGUUCAAGAUCAAUUGACAAAAUUCUUAUAUAAAUUCAUUAAACAACAGCCGAAACAACUCUUCCAUUUAGGUAUUGUCACAACAGAGUUGACAGUUCGUUUACAACUGGUGAACGCUUUAAAAGCAUCAGAUGCUGUUACUAUAAUACAGAAUCAGAACUUACUCGUUAAAGCCGCACUACAUGAGAUGAUUAAAACACUUGUGAUGGGAAAUUGUACUUUGAUCACAUCACGCAUUGCAGGUCUCGGCAAAUCAACAUACAUACGAAAUGAAAUUCAACGUAAUCAGAAACAUUAUGUCAAGUUCUCUAUUAAUGGAAAUAUCAAUGUUGAUACAUUAGCUGAACGAUUACGAUUUAUCGGACAAGAAAUGAUCCCAAUCAAUAUAGCUCUUCAUAUAGAUAUUGGAAUUGUCGAUAAUAUUCAACAACUAAAUGAACUUUUGUAUUGUCUAUUACUUUUCCGUAGAUUUCGUUUUGGUCAAGAAGCUGUUUAUAUACCAGUUGAUAUUCCAAUCUAUAUUGAACUCGAUUCAUCACCACAUUCACUUACUGCAUAUAACAAGAUUACUAUACUUCAAUUUUUACCAUGUCACCGUAUUGAAACAAUGGAUCUCCAUCAGUUAAAAGUAGAAAAUAUGGCAUCACUUCAAUUAGUUGUAAAUUACCUUCAGGCGAUUGAUAACGGAGCAAUCAUCAAACAAAAUAUUACCAAAGAAAACAUAACUCAAUUGGGCCCAGAGAAAUGUGUAACAAUCUUACAAAAACAUUUUCUCCAAGGAAAAAAUUCCGAUUACAUAACUUGGACACAACUAUCGAUAUUUAUUUCUGUUUACGAAAGUUUAUUCGAUGGAUUCUCUCGAUGUGGCCAUUUCAUUGUUGAAAUGAUGCAAGAAGUGAACAACACUCAACUACGUAUUAAUAUACUUCAAACUCUUCUUCAAUCAUCGAAUCAAUUUACAUCUUUAUCUGUUGAAUCUGUUCGUAAAAAUCAACGAUCAACUGAUGAUGAUUCACCUACAUUUAGUGAUGCCAUUGUACGAUGGGAUAAAUCACAACCAUUUACUGUUGUAUUUAGCGAUUCUCAUGAUCCAAUAUUUGUUUACAAAACUGUCGAUAAUGUUUCACAAUCUCUUCAAAAAGAAUUCGAGAUUUUCAAUGCAAUAUUGAAACAAAUCAAAUUACCACAACAAAAUCUCUUGCCCGAUUACACGAAGUUAAAACAUGCAGAAUUCUUUGUGAAACUGGCUUCACUGUCGAAGAAAUAUUACAGUAAACCGAUCUGUCCAAAUUGUUUUACUCAAUUCGAAAAUAAUAUUCUCAAUUGUACGAAUUGUCCAACUAAAAAUGUUUUAUGUAACCCAAAUAAAGCCAAGAGUGAAGCUGUUGACAAAAUUAUUGAAAGAUUAGGUGACAAAAUCAAAUCGGAAUAUGUUUUGACACCUGACAAUUAUAUUAAAAUGUUGUUAAUCUAUUUACGUGUUCAAAGUCAUAUUCCUGUGUUAAUAAUGGGUGAAACUGGAUGUGGGAAAACAGCGUUGAUCCAAUUCUUAUGUCAAAAGAUUCUCAAUGAUGAAUUGGCCAUAUUUCGUAUUCAUGCGGGUAUUACAAACGAAAAAAUUAUUGAAACAAUGAAAGAUUUUAUUGCUAAAGCCAAUGAAUUUUUACGACAGAAUUCCAAUAAACGAUUAUGGGUAUUCUUGGAUGAAUUCAACACAACAUCAAGUAUUGGUCUAUUCAAAGAAAUAACUUGUGAACGAACAUUAUUAGGUGAAUCAUUACCGAAGAAUUUAGUCAUAUUAGGUGCUUGUAAUCCACAACGACGAAAGAAUCCGAAAGCAAUAUUUGAUGAUGAGAUUGGAAUUAAAAAAGAUCGAUAUGAAACGCAACGGUUAACGCAUAUUGUGGGCAGUAUGGCUUUACUUUAUACAGUUGUACCGAUUCCAGAAACAAUGCUCGAAUAUGUAUGGGAUUAUGGCUAUCUUGAUUCAGUGACAGAAAUGAAAUAUGUUCGAGCAAUGUUGAAUUCUUGUGAACAACUUCAUAGUGAUUCGAUUUGGUUUGAGAAAACGGCACUUUUAAUCCAAGUUUCACAACAAUUCUUUCGCGAUCACGAAGAUGUGAGCAGUGUAUCAUUGCGUGAUGUGGCACGAUUCUGUCGUCUUUACAACUGGUUUCUAAAAUCGAUCUGCAUUCGUGAAGGUGAAGAACAAUUGUUGAAAAACAAAAUCGAUGUACUCAGCCGCUCUACUUUGAUUGCUCUUUCACUCUGCUAUUUCUUCCGUUUGAACGGUCCUACAGAACGUCAAACAUACAUUGAAGAAAUACAAAAAGCGCUCACUUCUGACGGUAAUUACACUGGUCGGUCAUUAGUCGAAACUCUACGAAGCGAAGAAAAGAAGCUCGUUGAUUUAAUGGAACUUCCGUCGGGAACCGCAACGAAUCGAACAUUAACCGAUAACAUAUUUGUGCUGAUUGCAUGUAUCACCAAUCGAAUUCCAGUAAUUCUAUGUGGCAAACCUGGUUGUAGUAAAACAUCAUCAGUUCAAAUUGUCCUUAGUAAUCUUAAAGGAAAGAAAUCGAAAAAUGCAUACUUUCAAACAUUACCUGAAUUAGUUUCUGUUUCGUUCCAAGGUUCACAAAAUUGCACAUCGGAUAGUAUAAUCAAAGUAUUUCAACGUGCUGAUAAAUAUAGGAAAGCGAAAAGCGAAAGCGAUCUUCUACCAGUGAUUGUUUUUGAUGAAAUUGGUCUUGCUGAAUUGUCUCCACAUAAUGCAUUGAAAGUACUUCAUAGUGAACUUGAAGUUGAGGCUUGUCGACACGCUUUUAUUGGUUUAUCAAAUUGGCGUCUUGACGCAUCGAAAAUGAAUCGUGCUCUCUAUCUCGCUUGUCCGGAUCCCGACGUGACUGAUUUACAAUCAACAGCAAAAGCCAUUUUACAGUCAAUGAUAUCUACUCAAAAUCAAAUCGCACGAAUUGAUGAUGAACUUAUCAAUAGUCUGGCUGCAGCUUAUUUCAGUCUGUACGAAUAUAUUCGAGUACGACCACAAUAUAAUAAUUAUUUUGGCUUACGAGAUUUUUAUUCGUUAAUCAAAGGAGUUAUUCGUGAAUUAGUUCUAGAGAAAGAAAAUGGUAAUAUUUAUCAGCAAAUUCGACAACAACUAACAGUCAAUUUUGAUGGAAGUUUCGAUGGAUCACAUUACAUGUGGCAUGAUUUUUGUCAGCACCUGAAUAAAAUGUAUUUAUAUGAACAAUAUAAAACAUCACCGGCAUUCAAUGAUAUUCUCAAUCAAUGUAUGUCAUCACGUUCUGGUCGAUAUUUAAUGUUAAUUGGUGAAAAUGAAAGUGUCAUUGAUUAUGCUGAACAAUACAUCAUUAAUAAAUUUCAACCACCUCCAGUUCGCACUCUAAUUGGUAGUAGUUUUUCAGGAGAUUUAGUUGAAGGUAGUGUGUAUACCGAACAAUACAAUUAUCGAGUAUUGAUGGAUAUUAUUCUUUAUGCUGAAACUCCAGUGACAUUGGUAAUGCGUCGAAUGGGUCAUCUCUAUGAUAAUCUUUACGAUUUAUUCAAUCAAAGUUUUGCUGUUUCCGGGAAUAAACAAUAUUGUCGUAUUCCAUUAGGUCCUCUUUAUCAUCCACGUUGUCUUGUUCAUGAAAAUUUUUAUUGUGUUGUUUUCGUUCGACAACAAGAUGUUGACAAGUGUGAUCCACCAUUUCUCAAUCGUUUCGAAAAACAUGUUAUCAAUAUGGAAAGUCUUGUUCAUCGACGACAUCGAACAGUUGCAUUGAAUUUAAUCUCAUGGACCAAUAAACUCUUAAUAACAGAUAUUAACGAACAAUUCCCACUUGAACAACAUUUGUUUGUUGAUUAUAGCAAUGAUUUUAUUUAUAAUUUAGUCAUUGAUGCUUUUACAUAUUUAAGAAUUUCCAUUGAAGAUAAUUCAAAAGACAAUGAAGAGGAUACAAAUGCAGUUAUCUCAUUUUGUAAGAAAAGAUUGAUACAUACAAGUUCAUUUGAUUUUCCAUUGAUCAUGUCUCUAAAAGAAACUCAUGAAAGUCGAUCACUGAUUGAUCAAUACUAUGAAUUUCAUGAAAAUCUCUCCUUUUCACGUUUUAUAGACAAAGCAUUAAGAUUGAACGUAAUCGAUAACCAAGUAAUAUACACUUACACUCAAUUAUAUCAAACAAUUGAGAAUAUCAACAAUGGUGAUUCGAUUGAAGAAAUCAAAUUGAACAAUUUCAAAACUGAACUUGAAUUAACAAAUAAAAUCAAAGUACAUUAUCGUUUAAGGAAAGCUCGUCUUCUCCUUAUUCGUGUAGAUUAUCAUGAAGAACAUGAACACAUUCUAUUACUGAAACAUAUUCUACUCAAUGAACAUCGAAGUGACAGUAAUUGUGGUGUUUGGGUCAUCUUUCAUCUUCAACGAAAUUUACUCACUCGAAUCGAUAAUGAUGUGAUAUUUAAUGGUUGGCCAAGUAUAAUGAUUAACAAUCUCAAUGAUAAUCAACUUCUUCCGCGAGAGAUUCUUUUCAAUUCAUCAUAUAUUCAAUUGAUUGCACAUCCAAUAUGUCGGAUUUCGGAUAUUUCAUUCACGAAUCUCAUUGGACGUUGUUUGACUAAAAUGCGAUAUACAGUUGUAAAUCAGCUUGAUGAACAAAAAAUCAACGAAUAUCGAAAUCGUAUUAUCGAUUGUUUUACACAACGAAAAACAGAAAAUGAAAUCGAAAGAAAACUUCGUUCAAUAAUCGAAGAUUUACUUUCAAAGUUAAUUCAAACUAUUCCAUUUGAUAAGUGUGCUUCAUCUGUUAAAGAUUGGCGACGUUAUUUAUUAACAACUUCAACCAUCAUUGGAUCGUGUCGUUCAUUUGAAGAUGCUUUACAUGCGACUGUUGCGUCCUUCUACGAUAAGUAUCUCCUUCUUCUUUUUGGUCAUCUCGAACAAUAUUCAUUUAUCGACACUUAUUAUUUUCUUUCGAAUGAAGCAAAUAAGAUCAUUCACGAUGAUUUGUAUAAGAUUUGGUACGCUGCUUUGAUAUCGACACUUGAAACAGUCGAUCGAACGAUAAUGAAUCGAGAUAUUAUUGAGAUUUCACUCUUGUUUAAUUUACGUUUACCAUGUGCAACAAUAGAAUAUGAAAACAUUCGUCAAGUUCGUGAUGCAACAAUAAAACGUAGUCAAACUGAUGAAGAAAUCCCGGAUGAUGAACUACUAAAUCAAGCAAUGAAACAAUUGCACGAGAAAAGUGUUUAUAAAGAAUAUAUAAAAUCAAUUCUCAGCAAUCGACAUUUAUUCGUUCAUUAUUAUUUUGAUCAACUUUUACUCGCUCAAGAUGAAGCGAAAGUUUAUCAAUUACCGAAUUCCUUCGUUCAACGUUUAGUCACAUUAAAUCCAACUCGAUCAAUAAAAGAUCAACUCAAACAUCUUCUUAUUGAUCAUAUUGAUCUAUUUGAAAUCUUGAGAAUUUUUUAA